CCUCGGUAGGUGGCGCAUGUAAUAAUGGUGGGUUGGGAAUUCUUUUACUUCCGGUAUUGCGUGUCACCGGUUCUAUCCACCGAUUGACUGAAAACAUGUCAAAGGUUACGUUCAAGAUUAUUUUGACUUCGGACCCGAAAUUGCCUUAUAAAGUGUUAAGUGUACCUGAACAAACUCCAUUCACUGCAGUACUGAAAUUCGCAGCAGAAGAGUUCAAAGUUCCUCCAGCUACCAGUGCAAUCAUCACUAAUGAUGGUAUAGGAAUAAACCCAGCACAAAGUGCAGGAAAUGUUUUCUUAAAACAUGGAUCUGAAUUACGUUUAAUACCCAGGGACAGAGUAGGAAAUCACACGUGAAUAGCUGUAUAAUCUAGGUCAUUUAUUUAUAGUCAUUUCUCGGUUAUGUUCAUAAUGGAACAGCAAAGUCUAUCAAAGUUCAAGAAAUAUUUUUCAACUGGAAGAUCAGCAUCAAUAUUUUAAACAUCAUGAAUGUUAAUUUGUUUCUUUCCUGGCAUUGCUGCGUACCUUGCCUUUGAUAUUAAGAUACAUGUAAGGCUGAACUUGGACACAAUUUAUAUACAUGUAAUACAAUGUAUAUUAUGUCUUGUUUAUUUUGAUUGGUUAGUGAUGAAAAGUCACAUUUGUAUAUGUAAUAGGAUUCCCGUUUCAGGAAUCAGCAAUAUUAAAGGAUUUUUUUCAAAUACAGUAUGUGAUUUAUUUUGUUUAUAUAAAUGAAAUUUUUUUUAAAAAGUGUGUGGAGUGAACCACAGAUACCCUGUAUUUCAUUUUGUGUUCAGGUAUUUUAAAAAUGAUACAAUUUUAUAUAAGUAACCUCGUUUCAGAUCAAUGUACAAUGUAAUGUAAAUAAACAAAUAAAUAUCCUU